CCCUCUCUCGAAAAAAAACCCCUCUCUCCCCUGCCUCUCCAAGAGAUAACACAGGACAGGAAAGCAGGCGCAGGUACUCGCGGUCCGCCUUCUUCGAAUCCAUCUGCCUUCCCUGAGCUAGCGGGUUUCUCGGUGGAGAUUGCGCCCGCAAGAUGCAGUAGGGGUUGCAAUCCCACUGGCCGACCAGGGGUCAUGGCGGCGCCGCCAAGCGCGAGCAUGGGUCUGCUCAAUUUGGGCGGGUGCGGAGUUUUGCUCCCUUCCUUGCAGCCUAGUUCAGUCCCACACGGGUUUUUGGUCCUUAGAAGGGACAUCCCAGUGUUGCCUUUGAACUGGGGUUUGGUGAGAAGAGGUAGGGUUCUCGAUGCUGGUUUCGGGGCUGCGAGUGCGCUGGCUGGCGAGGCUGGUACCGGUUCAUCGGAGUUGCGGCACAUCGAGAAGGAGCUGACGUUUAGCCCGACAUUCACCGACUAUGUGAAGAUGAUGGAGUCGGUGAAGUUGGACAGGAGCAAGAGUUCCCAAGGAGGUGAUUCGGACGGCCGGAGCUCUAGGAGGAGGUUCGUGGGUGAUGGUGAUGCAUCAGUUGGUCGGCGAGUGGAUAGGGAGUUGGGUGAUCCAAGGAAUCAAUCAUUUGAGAGAAAAAGAGGGGCUCAUAGGGACAGAGGGAGUGAGAGAGGUAGGGAAGAGAGAUCGGCGAACAAUGAUAUUGCAAAGAAUUUUACUGGAUUGGUGGAGAGAAGAAUGUCGACUGAUGCUGAAAAUAGCAGUUAUAGACAGGGAAAGGUUGAAGAAUAUGUACAGAGAAGAAUAGUUAGAGGCGAGCGGAGCAAAACUGGAGAUAGCACGGAUAACAAUGGCCGCAGGCAAUUUGCAUCAUAUGUGAAGACUAAAGAUAAUAGAGAUAGCAUGGUUGAAUCAGCAGGGAACAGGCAUGCCCAUUCAAAUGCACGGAAGGAUUUACAAGAACGGGCAACUUCUAUUGUAAGUCGUACUUCUGUCACUCGGGAUAGCAACAUUUUAUUGGAGAACCCAAAGUCCACAUUAAAUGAGGGAAAAGGAGAUUUUACCAACAGAAGAAUUAAAAAUAUACACGAACAGGACUUCAAAUAUCCUAGAGAGAGAAAAAUUUCCAGUAGCAAGGUCAAUUCUGACAGUAAGUUUCAAAGAUACCAGCAUAAAGUAGAAAGUGCAGGAAGAAAUCUUGUAGUUGGUAGGUUUAGAGGUAGUGACACGGGAUAUAGCAAACCUACUGUAAGCAUGCAAACAGUGUCUGAGAAUUAUGGUCAUCCAAGAUAUGGUUUGGAGCAUGGAAAACCUGAAACAAUUCGAACACAGAAAGGGGAAAAUGUUCAGUUGGGGAAGUUUGUUAGGAGAGAUUCAGAAGCCGUAAUUGAUGACAGGGCUGCUUUCAAGACUUUUGAGGUAUUCACUGAUGUGAGGAACAGACCACGGGUUCUUCAAAUGGAAAUAGAAGAGAGAAUUCAGAAAUUAGCUAGCCAGCUCAAUGCUACAGAUGUAAAUACUCCGGAGUGGAAAUUCUCUAAGAUGAUUCAUGAUGCACAAAUCAAAUUCACUGAUCACUCUAUACUAAGAAUUGUUCAAAUAUUGGGUCGAUAUGGAAACUGGAAACGUGUUCUGCAAGUUGUUGAGUGGCUUCAAUCACGUGAAAGAUUCAAGUCUUACAAGAGCAGGUAUAUUUAUACAACAGUGCUCGAUGUUCUUGGGAAGGCGAAGAAACCUUUUGAGGCAUUGAAUGUAUUUUACACCAUGCUGGACCAAAUGUCUUCUUAUCCUGACAUCGCAGCUUAUCAUUGUAUUGCUGUGACUCUUGGGCAAGCUGGUCUUGUGAAAGAACUAUUUGAUGUGAUUGAUUGCAUGCGUUCUCCUCCUAGGAAGAAGUUUAUGGCGGGCCCUGUUCAGAAUUGGGAUCCUCGGUUGGAGCCAGACCUCAUUGUAUACAAUGCGGUUUUAAAUGCUUGUGUGCAACAAAAGCAAUGGGAAGGAACAUUCUGGGUACUGCAACAGUUGAAAGAGAAGAAUAUUCGCCCAACAAAUACAACAUAUGGUCUUGUGAUGGAGGUAAUGCUUGUUUGUGGCAAGUAUAACUUGGUGUAUGAGUUCUUCGACAGGGUGAAGCAAAAAUCAAUUCCUGGUGCUUUGAACUAUAAAGUUCUCGUAAAUGCACUUUGGAGAGAAGGAAAGAUUGAUGAAGCAGUGAUGGCCGUGAAGGAUAUGGAAAAACGUGGAAUUGUUGGUUCUGCAAGUCUCUAUUAUGACCUUGCUCGGUGCCUUUGCAGUGGAGGGCGUUGCAAAGAAGCACUUCUCCAGGUUGAGAAGAUAUGCAAGGUUGCAAACAAACCCCUGGUUGUUACCUACACAGGACUUAUUCAAAUUUGCAUAGACAGUGGAAGUAUGGAAAAUGCUAAAUAUAUAUUCAACGAAAUGUGCAGCUACUGCUCACCUAAUAAUGUGACUUGUAACAUCAUGCUGAAGUCAUACAUUGAACAUGGAAUGUUUGAAGAUGCAAAAGAUCUACUGGAGAAUAUUCUAAAUGGCAGGAUAGGGAGCAAACUGGAUUCUAGUCAAACAGCAGAAGCUGACAAGUUUACUUUCAAUACUUUCCUGGAGGCUUGUGCUGAAGCAAAGAAGUGGAAUGACUUUGAGGAUGCAUUUCGCAAAAUGUUAUCUAAUGGCUACCACUUUGAUGAACGAAGGCACCUCCGUAUGGUACUUGAUGCCUAUAGGAAUGGGAAGGAACAGCUUCUGGAAAAUAUAUGGGACUACCUGUGUCACCAUGGCCGGGUUCCACCUGUCCCUAUGAUAAUGGAAAGAUUUUGCUUAAAAUUGAGACAAGGUGACACAACGACAGCACUCUCCUGCAUCAGCAGCUUCCAGGAGAGCAAGAUACGCAGGGUUUCCUCCAUGUCAUGGUUCAAUCUGCUGAACCGUAAUGCGGAUCGCCUGAAGGAGGAAAGCAUCGCCAAGCUUGUCCACGAACUCAACAACUACGCAAGCUCAGGGAGUACCUGUGAUUCGUUGUACCAAAACAUUCUGAGCAGUUGUACAGAAUUCCUUUCUGGUGGAAAAGCGCCUUCUGAUGCACAGAUGCCUUUAUGUAAUCCUUAACCACUAUGUUGGCCUAUUGCCAUGUAAGUUCGGUUCAGUGGGAACCACUGGUUGACUUCAUGCUCUUUUCCAAGGAACUGCUAGUGGAAGCAGGAAGCUGAAGGCUAACUUGAUUACAGUACAGGAGUAGUAGCACUAGCAUCUGGUUGGUUAGCUGUUGACUUUUUGUUGCGGUUGGAUAUUGGCAGAAGCAGCAUUUGACAGCAUCUCGUUGGUUCCUACCCUUAAUAGGGAUUCAUCAGUAUAACAGUGACAGUCUCAA